UGUCGGAGUCUCAGCUCCAAGUCAGCCAUUCGAUAAAGAGCAACAACACAGUAGACGUCGUUUCGUCACAUCCCCCGUGAAUUUAAACACUUUAAACCCCCGAAAUAGACUGAAUAACUCGAUUUUUCAGUUAAUAUUUAUCAUCGGGCCGAUCGGAGAGAAAUGGAACCUGAAAAAAUUCGUAUUAUCGAGUUGUUAUCCCGCCAGACGUUUUAUCAAUACGGUGAUAUCAAAGGGGAGAGUGUCCUGACAGUUAUGAAUUAUCGGGGAUUUUAAUAAUUUUUUUUCUGCUCAUUGAAAAAUUCAUUCGGGUGAACGAUCGAGUCGAGGGGAAAUUUUUUCGAAGUUUUUGGGACUCCUCCAGGGGUCUCAGCGCCAUUGUCUCACAUUAAAAAAAAAAAAAUCCUUUGAAUGCGGAAAUUUCGAGUGAUUCGUGUUGAGUGAAGUUUUUCCGGUGGACUAAAUUUAAUUUUUUUGACUCGACAUCUCUGGGGGCCCUUCACGAUGUGGUGUCUCGUCAGCCAGGCAAACUCUGUUAUUCUCGAGGUGCAGGUGGACCCCAGGGCCAUCGGACGGGAGUGCCUUGAAAAGGCGUGCAACUGCUUGGGCAUCAGCAAGGAGUGCGAUUAUUUUGGAUUGAAGUAUCAGAAUGCCAAGGGUGAGGAGUUGUGGCUCAAUCUGAGAAAUCCCAUUGAUCGACAGACCGGUGGAGGAGGUGGUGUUGCACCUCUCAGAUUUGCAUUGAGGGUGAAAUUUUGGGUACCACCUCACCUGUUGCUGCAGGAAGCCACCAGACAUCAAUUCUACCUGCACUCGCGUCUUGAACUGGUUGAGGGCCGUCUCAAAGUGCCAGAUUGGUGUUCAGUGGCGCGUCUGGUUGCUCUGGUUGCCCAAGCUGAGGCUGGGGAUUACGAUCCUCUGUCACCACCCCACGGCCUCUAUUCCCAGUGCUGUCAGAUACAACCUGAUAAGCCCUGUGAUCCGAAACCUAAUGACUUCCUGCAUAGAAUCAUUCAGCAGCACAAGGAGAUCAAAGGUAUGAAAGCUUCAACAGCUGAGUACUGGCUCCUCAAAGAAGUCUCCAAUUUGGAUACAUUCGGCCAGGAAAUGUUUCACAGUAAAUUCGGGUCAAAUGCUGUGUCAAUGAUUGGCGUUGGGCCCCACGGAAUUACUGUUUAUCGAGGGGACAACGAUGAGAAACAAAAUAUUCCAUAUACAGCAAUUCAAAGUGCUACUUCACAAAGACGAAUGUUUCACUUAAUUUACCUGUCCCUGGACGGUGAGGAAACCUCACUGGACUUCAAAUUGGACUCUAGUCAAUCAGCGAGUGGAUUGUAUCGGGCAAUAACUGAGAAGCACGCUUUUUACAGCUGCGAAACAGUGAGGAGUGCCGUUACAGCACAGUUUAUACGCGAUCUCAAGGGUACUAUUAUCUCUAUUUUUAAUGAAGACUCCACACUGGGAAAAAAAUACGUAUUCGAUAUCAGGAGGACUUGUCGAGAGGUUUAUGAUAAUGCCAGGAGAGCAUUGUACUGUGAGACUACCAAUAUCGGGCUUCCAGAGGCCAGUCAGACGAUGGAUAAACAUGACUGCGGGGAUUGCGAGAAUCCCAAGUGCAAAGAGUCGCGUGAGUGUCUAGCUCGCCUGCUAGAUGCCAUGCUAUGCCGUAUAUGCAUGGACCGUAGCUUGGACACAGCGCUAUUUCCCUGUGGUCAUGCUGUGGCGUGUUUGGACUGUGCGCGUAGAUGUGAGCGUUGUCCACUGUGUCGUGCAGAUAUUGAUCACUGUAGAACAAUAUAUCUGCCCAUUGAGCUUGCACACGUGGACAAACACAAUUUCAAACAUACAACAGACAACAGGAGUGAAACAACCCAAGCCCAACGACAAUCUAAUCCCCUGGAUAACGAUAAUUUCAUUGAACCCCAGAGCGUUGUUAAUACGGCAAUUUGAGAGCGGUUUGUCAAGCGAAGAUUCGAGACGAUUGAAAAAUUACUGAGAAUCUUCACUUGUAAAAUUGAUAGGCAUCAACAAAUCGAUUGAAUUAUCAUCAUAAUUCCCUCAGUUGUCUCGAUGAAUAUGUUCAUUGAAAUGCUUGUGCGACUCGUUUUAUGCUGUGAUGAAAAAAAUUAAUUAUUAAUUAAGGAUUAACGAUAUUGAUGAUAAAGUGCUUUAGCAGUAUAAAAAAAAAAGAGAGAAAAAGAAAAACUUUCGAGGAACAUUGUUGCAAAUUAUUUCAUCAAUCCCCCGA